AUGAAAUCAAUUCUUCUAAGUCAAUUUGUGUUUAAUGAGCAGGAAGCCUCGGAGGCUCUCAAGCACACAGACUCUAGCCGAAGAUCAAGCUGGUUCAUGAUCUACAGAUGUGCCCCUACCGACCAGAAGAAGGAUUGUACUGCCAAGCUUGAGAUGAGAAUAAGCGGACCCGAGGAAACGGAGAGGAAUAAACAACAGAAAUAUCCUUGCAAGGUAUCAAUCCACUUCUACCACAAUCACCUGACAACUGCUGGAACUAAUAUAUUCAGUGUAGAAAGUUUUAAAUCACAGGAUAUUCCCUCACACUUGAAGGAAGGGUUUGAAGGAUACUUUCAGGAGACAAUGGAACCUGUAGGAGCUAACCUUUCCAGUUUGACGAGCACUGUGAACCUAACUGCCAUCAAACCUCAGCACACACUGCUCUCCUCCCCCCACACACAAACACCAUUGCAUCAGGUUGUGAUGAAGAGUGAAUAUAUAAAGACUGAACCCGUCACUGCUCCUAUCUCCAGUGUUGGAGAACACCUGGACGGAAAACUUAUAGAAUUAGAUCUGUCAGAUAUUGCGGAGAAGUUGGAACGAACCAUAGAAGCUCUUAGAUGUAUGCUAAAGCAGAAUGCUACAGCUUGUGCAGCAGUUAAACAGUUUGUGGAUAAAUUUGAUAAACUUACAUCUGAUCAAACACAACUAGAGGAUGCUUUGUCAAGCUUUGGUCGGCAAUGGGACUGGUUGGUUUCUGACAAUCCACAUCCGCCUGUACAGGUUGAGACGGCAUCUCCUACUACAGUUACCCUCGCUCCUCUUCGUUUGAACAAUCAACAACUAAAUAAUUCAAACAACAUUAACAACAUCAACAACAUCAACAACAUCAACAACAUUAACAAUAUAAACAACAGCGAUAGUAUGAACAACAGCGGCGCGAGCGGGAAGAAGAAAUCUGCAAAGAAGAAGAAGAAAGGAGACGAGGAGGAUUUUAAUAAUUCACUUACACAGGGUAGUGAAGGUCCUGAAUCUAAGAGAAGGAAGAGAGCUAGGUGUGGGAACUGUCCUGGCUGCUUGAACCGGGAUAAGACCCAGGACUGUAGGCAGUGUAGGAACUGCCUAGACCAGAAAAGAUACGGUGGCCCUGGACGGUUAAAGAAAGCUUGUAUUAAACGUCAGUGCAUCGUUCUCUCUCAGCUGGGAACCCCUCCUGUAGAAACAGCUGAUACGAAACCAAUCAAUCAAUCUAUUAAUCAAUCAAUUAAUCAAUCAGUAAAUCAAAGCAACCAAAGUAUAUCUGUUCAACUGAACCCAGCCUCCCUACCUGUAGCUAUCAAAACAGAACCAACUAACCAGGUACUAAGUAAUGGUAUCUCUAUCUCCAAUGCAUCUCCUGUUACCAGUAUAUCAAGUAUACCUGCCUCAACUCUUAUAUCCUGGCCAGGCGGGCAGUACACUCCUACAUUCCAAGUACAGGUUCAACAACCCUUCCAACCUUUUCAAUUUACAUUCCCACAAACAUCAUUGCAACAGCAAACUACUAACAUUCAACAGCUGCAGACUUCAGUCCAACAGGCGGGUGAUGGCUUGCAACAGCUCCAGACAUCCGUGCAACAGCAGGGGGAUAAUAUCCAACAGAUUCAUUACACCAACAGUAUAUCUGGAACUACGUUGCAGCAGAUAACAACAUCACAUGGAACUAUUCUUGCAACAGCCAACAGCAUUCAUCAGCUUAAUCCGGCGCAGCUUGAUAGCUUGGCGUCAGAGGCAGCGAGGCAUCAUGGCGUCGGCUAAAAUCAGCUGACAGCGGACAUUUUGAUUUUCUCUAGUCAGCGCUUUAACAGCUGAUUCAAUAACAGCUGAUGAUUCAAUAACAGUUGAUGAUUCAAUAACAGCUGAUCAAAUUGCAGCCAACUACCUUAAAGCUGAUUCAAUAACAGCUGUUACCAUGACAACUUAACUUACAUCACAGCCGUUAAUCUUGCCAGCAUUACAACAGCGCUGUUAACAAUCUUACCAUUUUAUUCUCUUUUGAGCUGUGAACAUUGAUCUUCCGCCAACAUUUCCGUAUGUGUGACCAUGACAGGAAAACCAUGAUUUGAACACAUAUGUAUUAGCAUCAAAGACACCAAUCCUAUUCCUUUUAGGUUCUAAUAUAAAAAGUAAGGAUUUGGUGGGUUCAAAGGCAAAAAAGGCAGGCCUGCUCCAAGUAGCAGAUUGUCCUAGCCUAGCACAUGUCCUAGCUAGUUCCCUACCAGGAUAACAUUCCACCUCAUUCAGGUUACCAGAUCCAAACCUAAAUUUGGAGGGGUCCUCUGGUCAGGUCCCUCAGCUUCAUUUUCCACACCAUGCCUAGCUGAUGAUUCAUAAAAACCCCACAUUGAUUCUUCAUGUGCUUUUUUCCUCUUAACUUUAUGAUUCAUAGUUUACACAGUCAUCAUUUCAUUUCAUUUUACAGGUCAACUCAAGGUCACACGAAACUUUUCAAGCAAUCGGGAGUCACAGCGAGUUACUUCUACCAUCCUUGUUUCAUCAAACUUGGACAAGGUUUGAUUCCAUGAUAAAGGAGAAAGCUUGUUACUGCUGCAGCUCCUGUUAGAGUAAAUUUAAAUGUUUUAUUUAUAACAUCUUUAAUCUUCACUACAAGAAGUUUUACCUCCACCAUUCUCAACCUUGUCGGCUAUGGAGACGAUUUGAUCUCAGCUUUAUUAUCAGAUGUCAAUUUAUCGGUCAUCAAAAGAAAGUCAAAAAGUCAAGAUUCCCACUGAAUAUUGGGAAAUUGUUAGCUCUGGUUCGAUCAGGGUUUAGAGCAUAGUAACGAAUCUCAAGGGAAGAUCGCACAAAAUCAUUUCUUAAAUUUGUCGAGGAGGAGGGUGCAAGAAGAGCAUUCCUGGACUUCACAAAAAUGUAGUUUUCAGACAGAUUUCGGAAAAUCCUCAGCAUUUUCAGCAAUCUCUAAAUCUAUAUAGUGCAUCACACAAAUACGCCAUCUUGUUUAUAGUUUAUUGAACUUCAUAAGGUAGUCAUCAAAUUUCUUCAUGGAACUGCUUUCCUUAAUUUUAGAUAACAGCUGAUUUGCUUCUUUUCUGACUUCUAGUCGAUUGAAGAGAACAUUGUUAUAUUAUUUAUUCUAAUAUUUUUUGUUGUUAACAAAUCGCACAUUUAUUAUUUGCUGAGCAAAUAAAAACUGAGAGAAAUUACUUUUACAUUUCUGAAUUCACAUUUUAAAUUGAUAACUGAGAAGUCUUGCCAAAAUAGAUCGUAAAAGUAGUUUAUUUUUGUUUAAUUUAAAGAAAUGUAUCAUUUUUAAUCAAUCUUAACUUUUAAUAAUACAGCGUUUGAGCGUCUUUCAUCCACGCGACAUUCGUUCGCGAUUCUGUUAAAACUUAGAUUCUUUAAAUUCUGGAAUUUCAUAAACGUGGUCUGCCUGUUCAUGUACCUUCAAAAAUAACUGAG